AUGAAUCAGUUUGCCGGACCAGGCCUGCUUUGCACGGAUACUGCGAACGUUGCAGCGCCAAGUGCUUUGCUGAUUGAGGACCCCAAACGCGCUGAACUUGCAAGGUCUGCGGCACCGCUGUGCGAGCCGGGCCCAUUGGAGCUCUCACUGCAAGAUGAGGUGGAGAUGCUGCGCCGGCGCAUUGCUGAGCUCGAGGACCAGAAUCGGACGCUGCAUUCGCAGGUCGCCCACGAGGCAGAGUUGAAGGAGCGCUAUCGGCAGGAGCUCGCGGAUCUUCGCAGGAGAGGCCACACUCCGCGCUGA